UGCGCGAAAUAUUUUCAAUGAACCAACCUAUUUAGAUUUUGGCAGCGCGCGGCACGGCACAUUAGUUUCGGUGUAGCAAGCGCCGCGUAUGGUCGUUCCGCGUCUGCUGCGGUCAACUGAAACUCAUAUACGGAAAUUCAAAAUAAAUGUGCAUUUAACUUGGAUGCGACUUGUUUUAUGAGAUAAAAUGUGUCGAUCACAGUGCAUGCUGUUGGUGGUUGCGCUCACUGUCACCGUCGCAAGAUCCUGGGAUAUCGCUAUAACUGCGGGCCAUGAAAUCCAGUUCUACACAAACAAAACAAAUGUGCACAGCGAAGGGGCUCAGUUUCGAGACCUCACCGCUUUAGCUUACGACGCUGUCCAUAACAUGAUAUUAUUUGUCGACAAACAAAGCGACAAUGCGUCCAUUUUUAGCUACCACUUAGCUACAAACAAGUAUCAGUCCCUCGUCCGCAAAAAAGCGUACGAAAACAUCCAGGGUAUUGCCUUCGAUCCUGUUACAAGUUUGCUCUUCUGGACUGAUGCUAUGGAUAAGACCAUCUCCUGGAUGUCUUUGAAACAAGAUCCCAAAAACAAAGAUUUGUAUGGAAACAUUUUGAUGAAGAUGGACGAUGAAAUUCCAAGAGGAAUCGCCGUUGAUAGCUGUCGCGGAUACAUUUACUGGACGAAUACCAACAUAUCGAAACAAUCAACCAUCGAAAGAGCUAAAUUUGAUGGUUCAGAUAGGGAAAUUAUUGUCAAGACUAACAUAUACAUGCCCGUGAGCAUAGCGAUAGACCAGAGGACAGGAAGGCUAUAUUGGCUAGAUGACAAGGAAGGCAUCCAUUACUCCGUUGAGAGUUCAGACUUGAAUGGACAAAAUCGCAAAACUUUGCUCGAUGAUUUUAACCACACACCUAAUGCACUGAGCGUGUCCAAAGAUCAUAUAUAUUGGGUUGAUUGGGCAUAUAAAACCGUGUGGAGAAUACCUAAGGACCCACCCGCCAGCGUAGUCCCCGAGGAAUAUAUUACCUUCACUAUUGAGCCUCACGGAAUCGUGGCCAACUACACAAUAGAAGAUCAAACACAAAACGUACCGGAAUGCGAAGUAUUGAGUAAAUUGGUAGUGAAUAAGACAACCAUCAAUGACACCUUCAAUGUUCCUCCAGACAUGGGCUUGUACUGUUUCCACGGUACUAAGAUUCAAGGGAAGUUGCAGUGCAAAUGUUCUGCCGGAUACACAGGAACGCGAUGUGAAAUUCCAGUUUGUACGAACUAUUGUGUCCAAGGCGACUGCACCGUUACCGAUGGGGAAGCAAAGUGCACGUGUGCGGAAGGCUAUGUUGGUGCAAGAUGUGAAAUAAAUGUAUGCUACGGAUUCUGUCUAAACAAUGGCGCGUGUUCUAUAAAUGAAAAUCAACAGCCUAUUUGCAAAUGUCCUUCUGAUUUCGAGGGAGCGAGAUGUGAAACGUUGAUAUCACCUACGACGACUUCAACGGCAGCACCGACCACCUCAAACACUGAGGAUUCAAACGUAAACAUAUCAUGCAAUUGUACCGCAACUAAUACUACAAAAUCAUCAGAAUACGCUUCCGACAAUCUUACACCUGAGGAGGUCUUCUGCACCAAUGGGUGGGAUACAGUGAGGGAUCCGGUCAUACUGUUCUUAGUUAUAACAAUUAUAUGCAUGUUCUUUGCCAAUAUGGUGCUAUUGCACAAACUGAAGCAGCUGAAGAUGCGGCCAAGAAUAAAGAAACGUAUAAUAGUGAACAAGAACACCACGCCGAUGACGUCACGACCUGACCAAUGCGAGAUCACUAUUGAGAACUGCUGUAACAUGAACAUUUGCGAGACGCCCUGUUUCGAACCCCGAUCUACAAUAAGGCCGUCAUUAUUGGAUUCAAAGCCUGGUAAAGAAGAGAAGAGAAACUUAAUAGCUAACAUGGAAUGCCCGGAUAAUUACUGAGGGACACAAAUCAGACGUUCAAUAGGUAGUAAAAUACACCGUGGCACAAUAUAAAUAAGAAAGCAUCACACAAAAUAUGCAUUUCUUUAUCAGAUCUAGUAACAACCUUUUUUUAUUUCUUUCUGCCUUUAUUUAGUACUGCUAUGUUUGGUUCAUCUAUUUCACUAUUUAUUUCAUAUAACUCAAUUUUUAAUGAAGUGUAAAAAUACUGUGUAAUGUACUGAAGCUUCUAUUAUUUGUAUUAGUUGAGUAUCAAUGUUCCUAACAAUAUUUGUGAUAAGAGAUUUUCUUAUUCUUAUUGUGUCAAAGGUACAUAUUGUGAUAUAUGAUUAAGAUGGAUUGGUUGUUAGAAAGACGCGACAUUUUGAAAGUAUAAUUAUGGUCGCGUACCACGGAACAGGCUGUGUCGAGUGUGCGAGAUGUAUGCACUAACCUUUUUGGUUGUAAUUUUGUUCUUAAUGUAAAAAGAUAAGGUACAAAAUCGCUAAUUGCUUACAAAAUUCGGCAUUGUUGAAUAUUAAAGGAAAUUAUAAUUUUUAAUUUAAUAAGCAAUAAAAAGGAAUAAAGGUCAGUGCAAAUAAGGCAGUCGGCGACUUAAGUAUCAGUUUUAUUCACAAUGUGCCUUUUCAUAGUAACGUUUUGUUUUGUACUAUAUGUACUUAUGAGAAAUUAUCAAGCCGCGUUAUUUGGUCUCAUUUUCUACGUCCAUUUAAUUAGUAGGCAAGUCCACAUGUGAAAGUAGGGUUUAUUUUACACGUGCCAAAUUAUUUUCUUGGCAAAUUCAAAGCGAAGGUUGUAACAUAGUGAAAAAGUUAACCAAAUAAAAAAAUAUGUACUAAAUCGUACUGAUUUUUAUCAUGUUACCAUAUUUAGUAAAUUAUUUGGAUCACGGCCGGCUUACUAUUAUUUUCAAUUUAAUUUUAAAACUAUUUGUUAAAGAUGUCUUAUCCCGUCAAUGUGUUCAAGUAUUGUCAUCCAGUAGGACAUGUUCUCCGAGCAGACUUAACGGUUAAGACUUGUUGACUAUUUAUAACGAGUGAAGGUAUGGCUACCAAAGGUAAUGUAGAUGGAGAGUGUUGAAGUGUGCGUGCCGUGACUCGCGUGUGACGCGCGUCACCGACACGCGUUUAUACGCUCUUAGAACACCCUGUUUAUAUGAAGUCCUUUUGUUACUUCUGGGUUUGUAAACCGAAGGCCAAAUGUUUGUUACUUAGCGAGCCAUUAUUUUAGUAAAGUUCUUUAAUUUUAGUAUAAAGCUACAUUGGCUGCUGGGAUUAUUAGUUUUGCCAGUUAUUUUUUUUUUUAUUUUUUAAAUGUGAAGGUUCCAAGGAAUUGGUCCUGUUCUGCCAACGAUCCCUGUAAGCAACUUGUGUAGUUUUUCACCAACAGAUGGUGCCUGUUGUCUCGACUUAAAGUUUUUGAAACACUUUAUUUUAUCUAAGAAAUGUGACUUAAUUGUAGUGUGAUUUUAUUAGAUUUAGAUCUUCGUUCCUAUAAUUAUAAAACAUAUUUAUCGGAGUACCUCAAUGCAGACGAAACUUGUUUCUUGAAUCCCUAUUUAUCAACCCUGUUAAAUAUUUCAAAAAUCAAGCCAAAAAGAUUGGUAAUUUUAAAAUCUUAUACGGUAUUUGCUAAAGGUUGUGCAUUAUUCUAAAAUUAUUACGUAAAGCAUUGUUUACACUUACAUGAAUGGUUAUAAAAGGCAACAACAAAUGCCGUUAAAAUGUUUAUAUGUAACAAACCUUAACCAAAACUAAAAAGACCAUACAUGAAUAAAUGUAUUUUAAUGUGAAAUUUUAAUUGCCUGUAUUCAGUAGAAUCUCACCACUUAAUUCCUGUACUUAUUCGAAAAUUUUAUUAUAAUUAUUUAUUAUUUAUUCGUUCAAACAAGAGGCACUUUCCUGCGUUUAUAUUUAUUCGGCUUAAUACUUUGUUGGUGGUACUUAGCGUAGUUAUAGUAAUAAGUAAUGUGAGUGGAUUGAUAAUAUCCACAUCAGAAAUGUGAUAUUAUUGAGUCUUUGUAUAAGCUUAGUAUAAAUAUAUAGUUUCAUUACGAGAGAAAUAUAAAAUGCUUUAGAAAUAAA